AUGGCUAUGGAAAUUGGACCGAGUCCACUUGAUAGCGACGGAUUGUGCCUCUUGUCUCUAGAUGGUGGAGGUGUGAGGGGGCUGUCAAGCCUCUUGAUAUUGAAGGAUGUGAUGACACAGCUUAAUUCGGAGCGCGAGGAUGGCGAAAUCCUCAAGCCUUGUGAUGUCUUCGACCUCAUUGGGGGUACUAGCACAGGAGGACUGAUUGCCAUAAUGCUAGGGCGGCUGGAAAUGGGGGUCGACGACUGCGUCCUUGCAUAUACCGAAUUAAUGGAAUCGGUCUUUAGCGAGAAAAUCAACAAUGUCCCGGUUGACUGGUCUGGAAAGAUCGUAUCCCAAUACGACAGCAAUAAGCUCAAGAAGGCCAUUGAGAAUGUCAUCACUCGUGCUGGUUUGUCGCCAACCGACCUGAUGAAUGAUGGGAAGCCCCGUCGCUCUAAAACCUUUGUUUGCACAACCUCCAAAGACACAUUACAAGUCACAAGACUUCGAAGCUAUCCUGUCCCAAAUGAGAUUGCGUUACCGGCGACAAUCUGUCAAGCAGCAUUGGCAACAUCCGCCGCGACCAAAUUCUUUGAUCCUGUUUCGAUCGGUAACCACCAAUUUGUGGACGGUGCAUUCGGCGCAAACAACCCCAUUGAGGAGAUAGAAGGAGAAGCAGCUGAUAUAUGGUGCACUGCGAGCCGAGCUUUGAAACCAUUAGUGAAAUGUUUAGUGUCUGUUGGAACUGGCGAUCCCGCACAACUCCCCAUGGAUGAUAAUGUGCUCAAGUUUCUUUCAAAGACAUUAGUCAGAUUGGCGACUAAACCCGAGAGUACAGAGCGUCGCUUCAUGGCUCGAUGGAGGAACGAGGCAAAGGGAAAACGUUACUUUCGUUUCAACGUCGAGCAAGGACUGCAGCAAGUUCAAAUGACCGAGUUUGAGAAGCAAGGCGUCAUUGAAUCUGCGACAUAUGCCUAUCUGCAUCAUUCCUCCCAAAAGGUCCGCCUUCGUGACUGCACUCUAAAUCUCUCAGAAAAGCAAGGAAAGACAAGUAUUGACUUUGAAACAAUGAUACGUGAACAUGGAGCUCGAGUUACUCGGUAUCGAAUCUUGCAAACUAUCCAUACGUCAGACAGUCCUUUGAGUCCCAGCAAAGUCGCAGGUUGGUUUGUUCCGUUCGAGCGGAAUCCUCGAUAUGUCGAUCGUGAAGUCGUGGGUAAGGUAAAACGCAGAUUAUUUGCCAAAAACCAAGCCGAACGAAUUGCGAUUUUUGGUCUUGGGGGAAUAGGCAAGACACAGAUUGCUUUGGAGCUUGCCUAUCAAACAAGAGAAUUGUAUCCAGAUUGUGCCAUCUUUUGGCUCCCUGCGGUUGAUAUGGAAAGUCUACAACAAGCAUACCAGACGGUAGCCGACCAGCUUGGAAUCGGCCACGAUGACACAAACGAGGAUGUGAAGACCCUUGUCAAAGAUCAUCUGAGAAAGCCCAGUACUGGGCGAUGGCUGCUGAUUUUUGAUAAUGCUGAUGAGAUUGAUAUGUGGACUCAAACCAAAAGUUUAACGCCCGGAGGACUGAAAGACUACCUUCCUACGAGUGACCAAGGCGCCAUUCUCUUUACCACUCGAAGCAAUAAAGUGGCUCAGUAUCUUGCCGCAACAAAUGUUAUCAAAAUUCCAGAAAUGGACGAGCAUAAAGCCACCCGUGUAUUGCGAAACUCUUUGGUUGACAAGGAAGUCCUUCAUGACAUCGAAAGUACUCGAAAGCUUCUCCACCGGUUGACCUUUCUUCCUUUGGCUAUUGUGCAAGCUGCUUCAUUCAUCAAUGAAAACGGAAUCUCACUCGCUAGCUACGUUGAGACUUUGGAUGGACAAGAGCAAAGUGCCAUCGAUCUGUUGAGCGAGGAUUUUGAAGAUAAAGGUCGAUAUAAAAGCAUUCGAAACCCUGUCGCGACCACCUGGCUCACAUCCUUUGAGCAAAUCCGACGCCAGAAUCGUCUUGCUACCGACUACCUUUGUUUCAUGGCCUGCAUUCAAGAAAAGGAUAUAUUGGUUUCGCUUCUCCCCCCGGAUCCGAAAAUUGAACAACAAAAGGCAAUCGGUUUGCUCAGCUCUUAUUCAUUCGUGCGCUUGGGAAAUGGGAAUUCUCGUCUCGAUAUGCAUCGCUUAGUUCACCUUGCAACAAGAAAUUGGCUACAGUCAAUCGGUUCCCUGCGAAAAUGGCAAUUGCAUGUGUUGAGCUGGCUGGGUUCGCGCUUUCCUAAAGCUGAUAUAAUGCAUCGGACUCAAUGGAGAGCAACAGUACCUCAUGCUCUGCGGAUCCUCGCUCUGACUGCGAAGGAAGAUUCUCCCUCUGAACGGAUCCAUGUUUUACUCAAAGUAGCCAAAUGUCAAAUGUCUGAUGGCAGGCCCAAAGAAGCUGAGCGCCUUUUCAGUGAAGUCGUCGAAAUCUCGGAGGCAACGUUUGGCCCUGAAGGUCCAUGGGCUAUUCCAGGCAUUGUUGGAUUGUCAAGUAGCUACAUAUAUCAAGGCAAGAUGGAGAUAGGGAUCGCGUUGUGCGAGAAGAUACUAGAGAUUGAGACAAAACUUCACGGUCCGGGCAGCCCUGCAGUGAACGAAGCUCUUGUUCGCUUAUCGGAUGCUUUCUAUGUGGCUUGUUAUUACAAAAAGUCUCAAGUUAUAUACAAGAAAGUCAUCCCAUACUACCUCAAGACAUGGGGUCCUAGUUGCGACACGACAAUGGAUAUGAUCGCUCGUCUAGCCAUGUGCUACCACUACAAUGGGAAUCUCUCAGAUGCGACACAGUUAUCUGUGCAAUUGCUGCAUAUUACCAAACAAACUUCUGGAUCGGAGAAUCCUGGAAGACUCAGAAUUAUGAAUGUGGCGGCCAUAAUAUACUUACAGCGAUGGCGACUAAAAGAGGCUGAAGCGUUAUUCACAGAAGAACUUGAGAUCGAAAAACGCUUAUUUGGGCCUGAACAUCCUACCCCAAUCGGAACGAUGGCGUGGCUAGCCACUACAUGGAGAUAUCAGGGACAAUGCAAGAGUGCAGUUGACUUGAUGACAGAGUGUGUUUCGUUAAGUGCUCGCGUCAAUGGUCUCGAUCACUACAUGACUCAAAAUCAAUCCUUACUUCUAGAGGAAUGGACUAAUCCCAAGUAA